AUGGCUACGCAUCCGCUCCCAGUGGGGUCCGGGACCGAGAAAAUGAAGCUCAAGAGCCUCCUGCUCCGUUAUUACCCUCCAGGAAUUAUGUUGGAAUAUGAGAAGAAUGGAGUGUUGAAGACCAAGUCUAUAGAUUUGCUGGAUCUCAGUCCCAGCACUGACGUCAAUGCCUUAGUGGAAGAGAUACAGAGAGCAGAGCCUCUGAUCACAGCUUCACGGUCAGACCAAGUGAAACUUUUAAUUCAGAGACUGCAAGACAAACUCAUACAGCACAGCGACCACGUAUUCGAUCUUUUCAAGGUUCUCAGAGCACACAUACUGCCAUUGACUAAUGUCGCACUUAAUAAAUCGGGCUCUUGCUUUAUCACAGGAAGCUACGACCGAACCUGCAAAGUCUGGGACACGGCGUCUGGGGCGGAGCUCCUCACCCUGGACGGCCACAGGAACGUGGUGUACGCCAUCGCAUUCAACAACCCCUACGGUGACAAAAUUGCCACGGGGUCCUUCGAUAAGACUUGCAAACUGUGGAGUGUAGAAACGGGAAAGUGCUACCACACCUUUAGGGGGCACACAGCAGAAAUAGUGUGUUUAUCUUUCAACCCUCAAAGCACAUUGGUGGCCACGGGAAGUAUGGACACAGUGGCCAAGCUGUGGGACAUUCAGAAUGGAGAGGAAGUAUCCACGUUAACCGGACACUCAGCCGAAAUCAUCUCCUUGUCCUUCAACACCUCAGGAGACAGAAUCAUCACGGGGUCUUUCGAUCACACGGCUGUGGUGUGGGACGUGGAGGCUGGAAGGAAGGUGUGCACCCUAAUUGGGCACUGCGCCGAGAUCAGCAGUGCCUUGUUCAGCUGGGAUUGCUCUAUGAUACUGACUGGCUCCAUGGACAAAACCUGCAUGCUGUGGGAUGCUACGACUGGAAAAUGUAUGGCAACCUUAACAGGCCAUGAUGAUGAAAUUCUGGACUGCUGCUUUGACUACGCCGGAAAGCUGAUCGCCACUGCCUCAGCCGAUGGAACAGCUAGAGUUUUCAGCGCAGCCACGAGAAAAUGCAUCACCAAGUUGGAAGGCCAUGAAGGUGAGAUUUCAAAGAUUUCUUUCAACCCCCAAGGGAACCGUCUUCUAACGGGCAGCUCUGACAAAACAGCCAGGAUCUGGGAUGCUCAGACCGGCCAGUGCCUCCAGGUGCUCGAGGGGCACACGGACGAAAUCUUCUCCUGCGCUUUCAACUACAAGGGCGACAUCAUCAUCACAGGCAGCAAGGACAAUUCCUGCAGGAUAUGGCGCUGA